GGAACACGUCGUCAGAGGGUUCGUGUGGCAUCCGGUUCGGUAGAGGAGGACUGAACGCAGCUUUCGGUCACUAAUAAACAGUUAAAUGCACAGCAGCAGCUGCAGCAGCAGCAGCAGCACACGGCCUGGUUUGCUCUAAAAGGACGAAGCUUUGAAUAAAUGAAGGAGAAAGCGACAGCACUUCGGUAAGGCAUCAACAGCAGAUAAGCUUCUUUUAGGAUGAAUAAACAACAGAGCAAAGAGACACUAAAAGAAAAGGUCAAGGGGAUCUUUGGGCUGGGGACACCUCGCCAGCAAACGAAACAAAAUGAUUCCAAGCUGCCUGAAUUCAUUAUUACAGCUGACAUCAUAAAGGAACUCCACCCUGAUUGUGGCCUCAGCAACCGCAUCCGGGUGAUGAACCAGAUAUGUGAGCUGGCAAAAAUAAAAAAAUUUGAAGAGAAUGCAGUGGAGGCUGUUUGGAAAGCUGUGGAGGACAUGCUGUCACCCGAGCAGCCACCAGAGGCCAGGCAUGCUGUCCUUCACCUACUCAAGUCCAUCAUCCAAGGACAGGGAGAAUGGCUUGGUCCUCUUAGGGCCUACUUUUUUAAGGUGGUCAGAGACUACCAACCUUGCAAUGAGGACCUCUCAGAGAGAUUGGAAGUGUUCAAGGCUUUAACGGAAAAUGGAAAGGACAUCACAUACCUGGAGGAAGACAUUGCCCGGUUUGUCCUCCUGUGGAUGGACAUUGGUCUUACCACAGAUUUCCUCCAUGUCCUUGUGAAUCUAGUAAAGUACAACAGCUGCUACCUGGAUCAGAACGUCUCCCUCAUGGUCCAGAAAAUCUGUUUUCUGUGCAACCGAACAACAUCAUCCACAGAUAUAGAGGUGGCGCUUCAGGUCUUGGAUGCGGUGGUUUGUUACAACUGCCUGCCUUCAGAGUCCCUCACUGUCUUUAUUAUAACUCUUUGCCGUACGGUGAAUGUGAAGGAGUUCUGUGAAUCCUGCUGGAAGCUUAUGAGAAAAGUUUUGGGGACUCAUCUUGGCCACAGCGCCAUUUACACCAUGUGUCGGAUCAUGGAAGAGAGGAUGUACAUGGAAGAUGCCCCGCUGCUGAGAGGAGCGGUGUUCUUUGUGGGAAUGGCUCUGUGGGGCGCUCACAGACUCCCUGCUCUGAAAAACACACCGACACUUGUCCUGCCAUCGUUCUACAAGGCCAUGUCAUGUGCCAAUGAGGUGGUGUCGUAUGAGAUCGUCCUCUCUAUCACCAGACUGAUUAAGAAAUACGGCAAAGAGCUGCAGGUGGUCACAUGGGACAUCCUGCUGGGCAUCAUUGAGCGACUGCUGCAGCAGAUCCAGACGAUAGGCAGCCCAGAGCUGAAGACCAUCGUGUAUGAGCUGCUGACCACAGUAGAAGAGCUGUAUGAGCAGAAUGGUUACCAUGGCUCCACGGAAAAGUUCUUCGUUCUGGUGGAGAAAUGUGCCGACAAGAGACCUGACGCGUCGGUGCUGACCCUUAUCUCAUACCGAGCACAGUCCAUUCAGCCUGCGAAGGAUGGCUGGAUCCAGAGCCUCCACUGCCUCAUGGAGAAAUUCUUUAGGAACGAGACUCGCAGCAGGAUCAGGAUCAAAGUGCUUCAUAUCCUCUCUUUCGUUCUCAGCACCAAUCGGCAGCUCUAUGAGGAUGAGCUGAUUGAGAAGGUGGUGAUUCCUCAGCUCAGUGGGAUAGCUGAAGACAGGGAUCCAGCUGUCAGAACACAGGCCACCCAGCUGCUGGUGGACCUUGCUGAGGGCUGUAACACACAUCACUUUACCAGCCUCCUGGACAUCAUUGAGCGGGUGGCAAACCGCCCUCUGGUUUGCUCCGGGUCCCUGGAGGUUUCUGAGAGAGACUCACCAGCUGACUCUCCUAUGGAAGAUGUCAGGACUGCUAUACGGGGCCUGCUGGAGAUCUUGCAGAGCAAACUCUACAGCUUGCCAGCUGGCCAUGCGAGUCGGGUUUAUGAGCUGCUAAUCAGCCACCUGCAGCUUCACUAUAAGAACAAAUACUGCUCAGCUGUCGCUUCCAGCAUCAGACUACAGGUGUUUGACUUCUUCCUGAUGAUGCGUGCUGACUCUCUGCACCGUGUGGGGGUGCCUAAUAAGGAUGGUGUGAUGAGGUUCAGCCCUUACUGCUACUGUGAUGCAGGGGAACCGGAGAAGCGUAUUUGUGAUAAAAAGCCUGCAGGUUCCAUAUCGCCCCCUGCUGGCAGUCCUGCUCCAGGUGUUGCUCCUCCUGCUUCAACAACCUCCAUUCGUUCAGCCUACCUUCCGUACGCGCCUGCCUUCACCAUCCUCCUGCAGUGCCUCAAGAUGGAGACUGACUGGAAGGUUCUGAAAGUCGUCCUUGAGAAGCUGCCGUGGAUGCUGCAGUUCAAAGUCCUUUUAUUAACUUCAGCGUGCAGCUUGGAUCACCUCUGCUCAACGCUCUGCGCCAUGGUGACGGAUCGUCAGAUUUCAGAGCGUUUGAAAAAGAUGCCAGAGGGUUUCUCGCGCACAGACGUUCAGCUGGCAGUGGUCCCGGUUCUUACAGCAAUAACCUCUUACCACAGCUACCUGGAGCAAUCCAGACAGAGAGAGUUAGUUCAGUGUCUUGAGACCGGCCUCAUUUAUCGAUGUGCCAAACAGUGUGUGGUGGCCCUUACCAUGUGCACGGUGGAGAUGCCUGACAUCAUGAUCAAGCUUCUCCCAGCUCUUAUCGUCAAGCUCACCCACAUCUCUGCUACUGUUGCUAUGGCUUCUCCCAUGCUGGAGUUUCUCUCCACUUUGGUGCGAUUACCCCAUCUGUACGCCAACUUUGUAGCUGAGCAGUAUGUAAGCGUAUUCGCCAUCUCGCUGCCCUACACCAACCCCUCAAAGUUCAACCAGUACAUUGUAUCCUUGGCCCACCAUGUGAUUGCCAUGUGGUUCAUACGCUGCAGACUGCCCUUCCGCAAGGACUUUGUUCAAUACAUCACCAAGGGUUUGCGCUCCAACGCCCUUCUGCCUUUUGACGACGGACACGAGCAAAGCCCCUUCCGUGCACGAAGCACAAGCCUGAAUGAAAGGCCCAAAAGUCUGCGGGCUGGAAAAGUGGCAAAGCCUUCAGCAUCUGUAGCCAAUAGCAGCAGCUCUCCAGUUAAAGAGCUGAGGGACCUUUCCGCCAUGGAGGCUUUCCGCUCCCGCAGCAUCAGCGUCUCUGAACACGCGGUUCGCAGGAUGCACACUUCAACCACAACCUGCAGCCUGGGCUCUGCUGAUGAAAAUGCAGUGACUCAGGCCGACGAGGGGCUUAAGACAGUCCACCUGGAGCUCACGGAGACUUGUCUUGACAUGAUGGCACGAUAUGUGUUUUCAAACUUCUCUGCUCUGCCUAAGAGGUCUCCUAUUGCAGAAUUUCUAUUAGCCGGAGGUCGCAGCAUGACCUGGUUGGUGGGCAACAAGCUUAUCACCAUCACAACCAGUGGGGGGGUCAGAACACAAGCCUUGCUGGGCCUGGAUAUGUCUGAGCGUCUGGGAGGAGGAGGAGGAGGAGGAGGAGAAAUGACGAGGUCAGAUCCGUCACUUCACACCCGAAUGACCAAAGAGGCUCCGGCCAAACUGGAGUCGCAGUCCAGUCAGCAACAGAAUAGGACCGCUCGGACCCGGGUCCGCUCUAGAUCAGGUGGUCAUGCACUGCGGGCUGGUCCUAUUCAGAGUCUCAGUCCUCUAGUUUCUCCCUCAGAAGGAGAGUUGGCUCCUUCUUCUUCUCCCUCCUCUGGCCCCACCUUAGAUGGUGUUGGUCCUCCCUCCUCCACCUCUGCCCCUCUGUCUGCCCCCCCUCCCCUCAAAGACAACCCUAGCCUAGCUGAAUUUGUUCCAAUGCUUACUCAGGGUUGGGCAGAAAUCUUCAUUCGGAGACCUUCAGGUAACACCAGCUGGCUGAUGUGUCUGGAGAACCCACCCAGUCCUUUCUCCUCUGAGCUGGGUAACAUGCCUCUGCAGGAGCUCUCCACUGUGCUGAUGGCAAUGGAGGGAGUAAAGGAGCCUCCUACUCAGACAGCUAGUGCUCCAGCCAGCACAGCCGCUCCAGCGCCAACAUCUGUGUCUGAACCUCUAACUCAAACACACAGUAGUGGUGGCGGAAAGACAAACUUGUUUCAGCGCUCCAACACAGACUCGGUGGUGGUACUGGAAGAAGUCUCAGGGGUCACAGCAGAGCACACCCCACUGGAGUGGGUGGAGGUUGAAGAGUUUGAGGCGGUUCCCACCGAGCCCAUUUUCAUGUCUACUGAGAAAGCUCCCUUGCUCAGUAGGUCGUCCUCUACCUCCAGUCAGGAUGAUGAAAAGUCCACUCUGGAAGAAGUGAGCGAAGGAGCGAUUCCCAUCGAUCAGCCCGGUGUUGGUCCUUCCACCCCAGGAAGCCAAGGGCCCGAGCUUCCGUUUCAGAGCCACUCUCAGUCACAGGGCCACGGACUGAACAAGUCUAGCUCGUCUCCGGAGCUACAGACCUUGCCAGAGGCCUUCACCAAAGCAGCUCUGGAGUCUGAGAAAGCUCAGGGGGACAUGUCUCGGCCCAGAGCACCCUCAGAUGGCAAGGCUCAGGCACAGCAGCCUUAUUCAGACAAGGAAAGAGCAGAAGGGAGCACAGGGGUGGACUUUAAUGCACCAGGAGGUUCGGUCCAAGGCGCAGAAAGCUCAGGCUCCUUGUCUCAGGCCGGAGGAGUUGCCAUGAAGUUGGCUUUUCCAGCUGCUCCUGCAGCACCUGGGCCGAUCUCUCCCAGUGGAGGCCACAGACCCCGUGGUCACACAAUCUCUGUGUCAGCCCCAUCCUCCAGGAGGGAGAGGAAGACGGAGAGGGACUCCUACCACAACCGAACUGGGCGCAGCAACACAGAGAAGAUCUCUGGACUUAGUCCCAGCUUUGUCUUCCUUCAGCUGUAUCACUCUCCUUUCUUUGGGAAUGAGGCAAAUAAGCCGCUCUUGUUGCCCAAAACGCAGGUGAUUGAUCGGGCUGUGAAGGUUCUGGACCAAAUGCCUCCUUAUGAUACCCAUAAGAUUGGAGUGGUGUUUGUAGGAGCCGGUCAGGUUAACAAUGAAGUUGCCAUCCUGUCCAAUGAAUAUGGUUCUAAUCGCUACGCAGCCUUCCUCACCGGACUCGGCAAAUUAAUCCACCUGAAGGACUGUGACCCCGACCAGAUCUUCCUGGGAGGACUGGACCAGUAUGGGGAUGAUGGAGAGUUCACCUACUGUUGGCAUGACGACAUCAUGCAGGCUAUAUUCCACAUUGCCACAUUAAUGCCAAAUCGGGAGAGUGACAAAGGCUGCUGUAACAAGAAGCGCCAUAUUGGCAACGACUUUGUCAUGGUUGUCUAUAAUGACUCUGGAGAAGAAUACAAACUGGGCACCAUAAAGGGUCAGUUUAAUUUUGUGGAAGUCAUUAUAAAACCGCUGGAUUAUAAUUGCAACCUCGUCUCUCUCCAAUGCCGAAAGGACCUUGAGGGCCUCGUAGACCCAUCGGUGGCGAAAAUCGUUUCAGACCGCAACCUUCCUCUCUUGGUUCGACAGAUGGCUCUGCAUGCAAAUAUGGCUUCUUUGGUUCAUCAGUACAGAGCGAAUCCCUCGGAUGCUUAUGCUUCCAAGUGGCUGGCACGUUUACGGCACAUAAAGAGGAUCAGAACCAGAGCUCAAGAAGACAUCCAGUCCCGCUCUACUCCUGGAAUCUCACUGACCCAAGGACACGCUCAGCAGAACAAACCAUUUCAGCAAAGCACGUCUGCAUCAAACUCCGAGGCGUCCGGGCAGAGAAAACGACUCGUCUCAACAGUUGACGAUUUUACUGAUUUUGUUUGAUUGCUUUGGCACACACUCUCUCUUUUUCUUUCUCUCUCUCUCUCUCUUUCACACACACAAACACACACACACACAGGUUGUGUUCGUGUGUUUACUACUGUAGGAAUUAAAAGUGAUCAUUUU